AUGGCUGAGGGCCAGAAACGAGGGGGCUUCAAGAAGUUCAAGUUUUUCAAGUUCAAAGGCUUCGGGAGCCUGAGCAGCAUCCCCCGCUCCUUCACCCUCCGGCGCGUUUCUGUGGCCCCCAGCUCUCCCGAGAGCCUGGGACCGGGUCUACCUCCUCCCCACGGCUUCCUGGAGGAGGCCUUUGACAGCACCCAGGAUGAUCUCAACACCAUGCCCAAGAGCCCUGGCCCCUACGCCCGGUCGUCGGACAUGUACAGUCACAUGGGCACCAUGCCCAGGCUGAACCUGGGCAAGGCAGGGAAGAGCCUGGGCAAAGCCAAGAAUAGCCAGAGCUGCCGGGAGAAAGGGACCCCCAGCAACAUAAGCCCCCGUACAUCCCUGGUCCCCGACCCCAAGUCCAUCGAGACGUCUGACACCCCUCACCCUGGCACGAACCCAUCCUCAGUUGCUGGAAAAGCCGAGCAGGAGGAGGAGAAGGCUCCCUGUGGGGCAGCUACAGCCGGGAUGGACCAGGAGCCUGUGGGGAAUGUCUCCUGCCCUGGGACGGAGACACCGAGCUCCAACCUGGCCCCGAACACCAGCCCGGCCCCGAACUCCAGCCUGACCCCAAGUCCCAACAUGGCACUGGCAGUGGAGACCACCGAUGAGGAUCUACCAAAAAAGGGGCAAGAGCAUCCCAGUGAGAGCUCCCUGGACAGCCACCAUGAUGGCCUGGAGUCCGGCAGUGAAUACGUGAAGUUCUCCAAGGAGAAAUACAUCCUCGACUCGUCACCAGAGAAGCUUCACAAGGAGCUGGAAGAGGAGCUGAAGCUGAGCAGCACUGACCUGCGCAGUCAUGCUUGGUACCACGGCCGCAUCCCCCGGGAGGUGUCAGAGAGCCUCGUGCAGAGGAACGGCGACUUCCUCAUCCGCGACUCGCUCACCAGCCUGGGUGACUAUGUGCUGACGUGCCGCUGGCGCAAUGAGCCCCUCCACUUCAAGAUCAACAAAGUGACAGUCAAGUCCAGCGAAGGCCAUACCCGCGUCCAGUACCUUUUUGAGCAGGAGAGCUUUGACAAUGUGCCUGCCCUCGUCCGCUUCUACGUGGGCAACCGCAAGGCCAUCUCCGAGCAGAGCGGAGCUAUUGUCUACUGCCCCAUCAACCGCACCUUCCCCCUGCGCUACCUGGAAGCCAGCUACGGGCUGGCCAACGGCAAGCAUGGGGGAUCCCACAGCCCCGUCAGCCAGAAAGGUGGGCACAUCAAGAGGAGGAGCAUCACCAUGACAGACGGCCUGACAGCAGACAAGAUCACCAGGGCUGAGGGUUGCCCAACCAGUGUGUCCCUGCCCCAUCACAGAGACAUCAUUCGCAACUGUGCCGUCAGCGUGGACCAGAUCCAAGACCUGCACUCCCCGAUGUCCCCCAUCUCCGAGAACCCAGCGUCACCUGCCUAUAGCACGGUUACACGGCUAAAACCGCAUGCCUGCCAAGCCGCUGGGAUUGUCCCGGCCUCUCCAGUCAUAAGAAGGUCCAGCGAGCCCCAGCUGUGCCCAGGGAACAACAGCAAACCUCUGCCAGACCACAGCACCCACUCGACUCCCUGCCAUGGGUAUGCCCAUGCCUCCCCCUCUCCCUCCGUGAACAGCUACAGUGACCCGGACACGGGGCAUUACUGCCAGCUCCACCCCACCUCACCCAUCAGCAGAGACCGGCCAGCUCAUGACACCAAGCAGCUGCCAGCAAAGAGCUAUGUGGAGAGGCUAAAGGUGGAGGAAGGACAGAGAGGGACUGUGGAGAAUGGCUCUGGGGAAGCAGAGGCAGGGCAGAGGCUGAAAGGAGAGCUGGACUUCAUGGGCUUUGUGCCCCCCACCAUGGAGACAACCUCCUCCUUCAACCCCGUGGCCUUCCAGUCACUGCUUAUCCCCCUGGAGAACAAACCCCUGGAGAUGGCUGUGCUCAAGAAGGUCAAAGAGCUGCUGGCAGAGGUGGACGUGAAGACACUGGCCAAACACAUCACCAAAGUGGACUGCCUGGUCGCCCGGAUAUCGGGUGUGACAGCGGAGAUGCAGCGGCUCAUGGGAGUGAGCUCUGGCAUGGAGCUGCUCACCCUGCCCCACGGCCACCAGCUCCGCCUUGACCUGCUGGAACGGUUUCACACCAUGUCCAUCAUGAUUGCUGUGGACAUCCUGGGCUGCACGGGCAGCACGGAGGAGCGGGCGGCCCUGCUCCACAAAACCAUCCAGCUGGCUGCCGAGCUGAAGAGCACCAUGGGAAACAUGUUCAGUUUUGCGGCUGUGAUGAAUGCCCUGGAAAUGACACAGAUCGCCCGGCUGGAGCAGACCUGGAUGGUGCUGCGGCAGCGGCACACGGAGGGCGCAAUCCUCUAUGAGAAGAAGCUCAAGCCAUUCCUGAAGAGCCUGAACGAAGGGAAAGAAGGGCCACCGCUGACCAACACCACCUUUCCCCACAUCAUGCCCCUCGUGACCCUCUUGGAGCGGGACGAGGCUCUCACGGACAGCCCCGAGCCCUGGGAGGCCACUGACAACGGCGUGGAGGGGGUCAUGGCCCACCUGGAGGCGGCACGGAUGGUGGCCCACCACGGCGGGCUCUACCACACCAAUGCUGAAGUGAAGCUGCAGGGUUUCCAGGGCAGAGCAGAGCUGCUGGAGGUCUUCAGCACCGAGUUCCAGCUGCGGCUGCUCUGGGGCAGCCGUGGGGCCGAGAGCAGCCAGGCCGAGCGCUAUGAGAAGUUUGACAAGGUCCUCACCGCCCUGUCCCACAAGCUGGAGCCAGCGGUGCGCUUCAGCGAGCUGUAA